UAACUGCUGGUUUGUUUCAGAGCAAGAACGAUGAAACCCAGGCUAGGGUGUCUCUCCAAUAAGUCGGAUUCUUACAAUGACUUCUCAGAGUUCUUGCCUCCCGCCCCAGACAGACCCGCCAGGAGCUUAAAACUGUCGACAGAUGAAGUGAGUCAAUGGGCUACUUCGUUCAACGCUCUUCUGUCCCACAAAUACGGCCUAGCCGCCUUCAGAACAUUCCUCAAGACAGAGUUCAGCGAUGAGAACAUCGAGUUCUGGCUGGCAUGCGAGGACUACAAGAAGAUAAAAUCCCCCACGAAGAUGGCAUCCAAAGGCAACAAAAUCUACAAGGAAUUCAUCGAUGUACAGGCUCCGAGAGAAGUAAACAUCGACUUCAGGACCAGAGAGGAGACGAGACAAAGUCUCCUGGAUCCAAGUCCCUCAAGUUUCAAUGAGGUUCAAGCUCGAGUUUACAGUCUCAUGGAAAAGGAUUCGUACCCCCGCUUCCUACGAUCCAAAAUCUACCAGGACUUGCUGAACAGAACGCACACACACUGUCAGAGGAAGUCUGUUUGA